UACCAUAAUAAAGUUCAUAAAUCGUAUAAUAGGAAUAUAAUAUUAUUAUUAAUAAUUACAUAAUAUUUAACUUUAUAUGAGACAUGAAUAUUUAAAGGAACACUUCAGUCCGUUUUAUUGUUUUGUUAAUUUGUUUUAAUUUAUCAGUAUUUUUUAAUAGUACGUUGGCAUUAGGCAAUAAGCAUAUCCUUAAGUAUACUUGGUUAUCAUUAUUUAUGAUGGGAACAAAGUUUAAGGCUGUAAUCAAAUUUAGUAUUUUGGAAGUAAUGUAAUUCAAAUUCGUCUGGUUCGAAUCCUACAGGCUACAGCAAUGAUGAAAUUAGUUAAUGACCCUUGUGGCAUUUUUUGCAUAUUAUUCACAUAUACUUCAAUCAUAUACGCCGACUACGUAGUGAUUCAAUGGGUUGUUUUGCACACUAUGCAAGACAGCUUAUGGGCUCCAUUUCACAUAGUGCUUUUCAAUACAUUUCUUUUGCUAUUGACAGUAUCACAUUUACGAGCAAUGUUUUCUGAUCCUGGCACUGUACCUCUAUCACAUACUAAUGUUUCUCUAUCAGACUUACGGCAAGUUAAUGAACCUUUAGUGAAAAGAGAAGAUUGGACAAUGUGUACAAGGUGUGAAGCAUACCGACCACCUCGAGCUCAUCACUGUCGAAUUUGUAAGCGCUGCAUUAGACGAAUGGAUCAUCAUUGUCCAUGGAUUAAUAAUUGCGUUGGUGAAAAAAAUCAAAAGUAUUUUGUCCAAUUUCUUUUUUUUGUUUGUAUUAUUUCUGCAUACACUAUCAUGUUAGUUAUCAUGUCAUGGGUGCGCGAGUGCCGGCAGUGUAAAAUGUACGACAUGGAUACGAGACAAACACAAGUCUUACAUUCAGUAAUUUUAAUAAUGGAAAGUGCUCUCUUUGGUAUGUUUGUUAUUGCAAUUUUGUAUGAUCAAAUGGAUGCUAUUUAUAAUGAUCAGACAACAAUUGAACAAACAGUCUACAAACGUCCAAAUCCGUUACAUAGAUAUUUGUUUUCAGUUAUUUGUCGAUGGCCAAAAAUAUCUAGAUCUACAUCCAAACUUAAUAUUCGAUCUGUAUAAUUUGUUUAUUGUUACUUUGUAUGAUUAAUGUAGAGACUUGUUAAAUUAUUAAAUAUUUAAAUUUGUAUUAGGCAAUAGGCAUAUUAUGUUAUACGUGUGGUUCAUUGUGCGAAAUUGCGAAUCAAUUUCAACGUAUUAUUUAAAUUGAUAAAGAACACAAAAUCAUAAAAUAUUUUAAUCCGAAAAAAGGCAAAGCAAAGAUUGUGUUUGAUUUUAAAAUUUUACUAUUUUGUGUUUUUUUUUCUACUUGUGUUUAUUAUGGUACAAAUUACAAUAAUAUUUUGUCAAUUUCAGUGCAUACUAUUUAUACUGUAUACACACACUUGUUAUCUGGCUUAUUAUAAUUUCUUCUCAGCUUUAUUUCUUUCACUAUUAAUUUACAAUUAUCUGAGAAAUCAUUCACUGAUCUUUUCAUAACCGCUAGCUUCUCAAUUUUAAUUUAAAAUGUCUGUUGUAAUGAAUUCUUCCCCAACUUUACUUAUGUACAUUUUCUGUGUACGAAUAACUGUUGAACAAAUUUCAUUCAUAGUACAUACGACAUUGAUAACUUAAAUAGUUUCAAAUUUAUAAAAAAAAACAUGUUACAUUCAACUUUAUAAUUAUAAAUUACUAUCCUAUUCUUAUAUGGCAAGUAAAUUGAUACUAGUGUUCAACAACAGGUCCCUGUAUUAUAUGAUUUUUUAAUUUUAUUUAUUUAUUUGUAGAGUAUGAAAUUGAAAUGAUUUUUAUUUUUAUAAAUUAAUUUUUAAGAAUUAUAUUUAUUAACAUGAUAUGUUUAAAUUUAACAUUUGCAUAUAACUUCAAUUGUUUGUAUACUUAAUAUUUUAUUAUUUACAUUAAGAUAUUAAAUAAAACGGUGCCAGAUCAUUAGCAUAAAAUCUAAAAAUGAUGUAUUAAAUAUUAACUAUAUUAAGCCAUCCUUAAAGUUUUAACAGAACAAUAUCUUAUGAUACAAUAUUAAAAAUAAUUAAAUUCAAGUAAAAAUAUCUGAAAAUGUAUUUUAUGUCAACGUGCACAGUGUAUACUAUUAAUAUACAAUUAGUUAGUAAUUUAGUUAUCACAAUUCAAGUGUAUUAAAUAAUAAAUUGUUUUUUUUAAUUUAUGAUUCAGUACCUAGUAUAAAUUGUUUUAAUUAUGAUUUAUAAUUAUUGCAUUACCUAUAGUGUUAAGGUUUAUUAUAAAUAAAUGAUGUGAUGAAAAUGUUUAUAUAUUAUAAUUAACGUCCCAAAAAUAAUUCAUAAAAUUACUUUAUAGUGACAAAAUGUUCAAUACACAUACUAUUAAUUUGAAUUAUAAACUUUUUAGUUUAGGUUACUUGUAUUGGAUCUUGUCUAUUUUUGAAGAUGCUUUUAUACAUUAAUAAUUAUGCAACGUAUGUGGAUUUCAAAAUAAAUAUGUGAUGUUAAUAUUUUUAAACAUGGUGUUAAGUUUAACAAUGUGUUUAGUUCGUACCUACUUAAUAUGUUUCAACUUUAACAUAUAGUACAUUUAUACAUUUGAAGAUUGUAUUAUAUUUUUACAUUUUUGUGUUGAAAUUUGGAAUGUAUAAUAAUAAUAUUUCUAUGUAAAAGUAUAUAAUUUUGUUAAAAAUUUGAAUACAAUAAACUUUAUCGUGUCAUAAAAUAAUGACAUAUUA